AUGGGUUCGAUCCAACAAAAGCCCGCAACAAUCGAUGUUGCCAACCCUUUCCGCUCCAUUAUUCUCUCGGGCCAAGUAUGCCCAGUAAUGUCAACCAAGAUCACGACAAGAAACGAGAUCGCUAUGUUCUGCAAGGAAGCCGGGAUCCACGGUCUCUUCAUCGAUAUGGAACAUACAUCCUUCGACGUCGCUAGUGUUGCCCAACUCUGCUCAGCGUGCAAUUUCGUUGGUGUGUCACCUAUUGUCCGCGUUCCAUCUCAAUCACCAUGGCAUAUCAGCCGCGCUUUCGAUUCCGGCGCGGCAGCAGUCGUCGUGCCUCACGUAGAUUCAGUGGAAGAGGUGCGCGCUUUGGUUCGCGCCGGAAAGUACGCACCAAUUGGCCAGCGCGGAUGCUCAAAUAACCAACCAAUCCUCCGAUUCCAACAUGUUUCAACGGCGGUGCAGAAUGCUUCUUUGAAUGAGCAGACUAUGUUGAUCCCAAUGAUUGAGACCCCCGCUGCUGUGGAACUUGUGGAUGAGUACCUUGCCAUCGAUGGAGUCGAUGGCAUCCUCAUUGGUUCAAAUGACCUCUGCACCGACCUUGGUAUUCCAGGACAAUACGACAACCCAAUCUAUCAAGACGCAGUAACUAAGAUUGUCCUCGCCGGAAAGAAGGCCGGCAAGCCAAUUGGUAUCGGUGGAAUCGGUCCUCGCGUGGAUUUGUUGGAGAAGUGGUUCAAGAUGGGUGCAAGCUGGUCGUUGAGCGGUGCUGAUGCUGCCAUGUUGCAGGCUGGUAUGAAGAAGCUUGGACAGACAUAUGCGGACAUCAACAAGAAUCUCAGCAGCACGUCGAGUAAUUAG